CAGUAACAGUGUGUUUCAUUUUAUUUACUUUGAUGUUGAGCGCUAGCUGGAUAAUGUAGGAACCAGCAGGAGGAGAGAGGAGUUUGGCAGGCUAGUUUUCCUCCUCCUCAUAUGGCAGCAGUGUCGGCCAAAUGCCCGUUUGUGUGGCUGCUCCUGUGGCUCUGGGUCCGGCUGUCCGAGACCGAAAACACUCGAGUCUCUGUGGGCGAUGACAUCCUGCAGCCGUACGCCCACGGCCACGGCCCCUCCCAUUCUCACCGCCAUGUCAGAGACUGUCAGUCCGUCGUCCAUGGCAACAGCACCUACGAGAGCCAGCCCCCCAACCAUCACAGCGGGCUGCCGGUGGCCGAGUCCACGGUGUUUGUGUCAGACGUGUCGGGGAGCUCCAGAAUGGUUUACGGUCACAUAACGGCGGUCCAGGACCCUCUGAGGACGCUGUCAGUGUUGGAGCCGGGCGGGCCGGGCGGCUGCGGGAUGAAACAGAGGGUCUCGGUGGAGGAAACGGCCGAGGCUGCCGGGUGUCUGUACGCCCAGAACGCCGGCUUCUUCAGCACAUCAACAGGCCGGUGUCUGGGCAACGUGGUGAGCGACGGCAGGAUGGUGCAGGACAGCGGCGGGGUGCAGAACGCCCAGUUUGGCAUCAGGAAGGACGGCACCCUGGUGUUCGGGUAUCUGUCACAGGAGGAUGUUUUGGACCAGUCCAACCCGUUCGUCCAGCUGGUCAGCGGUGUGGUGUGGCUGUUGAGGAACGGCGAGGUUUACAUCAACCAAAGCCUGAAGGCCGAGUGCGACAAGACGCAGGAGACGGGGAAUUUCCAGACUUUUGUGGACGUGGUGUCGGCCAGGACGGCGGUGGGCCACGACGCCGAGGGCAAACUGAUCCUGUUUCACAUCGAUGGGCAGACUGGAGUAAGGGGUAUGAAUCUGUGGGAGGUGGCUGAGUCUCUGAAGAGCUACGGAGUCAUCAAUGCCAUCAAUCUGGACGGAGGCGGGUCUUCCACCUAUGUGACUGACGGCUCAUUGGCCAGCUACCCCUCUGAUCACUGCGUUCCAGACAGCAGGUGGCGCUGUGCUCGGCCCGUCUCCACCGUCUUGUGUGUUCACCAGCGGCGCUGCCAGCCGGAAAACUGCAACGGCCACGGAGACUGUGUGGACGGACGCUGUCGGUGUCAUCAGGGCUGGGAGGGUAAAGAAUGUGACUCUCUGGUGUGUCAGCCGCCGGCCUGCGGCCCUCACGGUGUCUGCACUGCCGGCGGUUGUGUCUGUGAUGCUGGAUGGAGAGGAAAGAACUGCAGCCAAGAGUGCCUCCCGGGUUUCUAUGGUGACGGCUGCAAUCAAACCUGUGCCUGUUUUAACGGCGGUUCCUGCGACCCCGUCCACGGACGCUGCGCCUGCCCCUCUGGUUUCCACGGCGACACCUGUGAACAAGUGUGUCCUCUGGGUUUCUUCGGGCCGUCUUGCGCUCAGGCGUGUCGCUGUGACGACCUGUGUACAUGUGACCCGCAGACAGGAAGCUGCAACGCCACGCUGCAAGGAGAGACCAACUACACCUUACACAGAGCUGGACACUGUCUUGCCAAACAGAUGUUUACAUUGUGGAGACGAGAUGAAGAAGCUCACAGAGAGCAGCCUCUUCUGACAGAGAGUUCCUGGCUCUGAUCACCUCCGCCUGGCUCUCUGCUGUCAGCCAGCCUGCUGCUCACUUCGUAGGGCGUGUCGCAGCGCGGCCGCGCUCACUUCCCACGAG